AUUUACCUACAACCCAACCUAUCAUUUUCAAUGUACAAAGGAACGAAUAGCAAGUUGAUUACAUCAUGGAUUUGGACAAUAUUGUCAUAGAAUCUUUUGGCAGUAAUGUUAAAAUAGUGCGAAUUAAUAAACCGAAAAAGAAAAAUGCUUUAGAUUUUAUCAUGUACAAAACAAUAUCAAGAAUUUUGGAAGAUGCUACAAGAGAUGAUGCUAUUAACAUUGUAGUGCUCACAGGUACUGGAGACUUUUUUAGUAGUGGUAACGAUUUAACGGCGCGUAAUGUGUCUUCAGAUAGUGACUUUUAUUCUGCACUAAAUGAUUUUAUCAAAUCAUUUAUUGUUUUUCCGAAAAUUCUGAUAGCUAUGGUGAAUGGCCCAGCUAUUGGUAUCGCAGCCACAACAUUGGCUCUAUGUGACUUGGUUUAUGCUUCUGAAAAUUCAUACUUUUACACUCCAUUUACUAAGUUAGGAUUUAUGGCUGAAGGAUGUUCGACAUAUACAUUUUCAAGAAUAAUGGGUGAGAGAAAGGCUCUUGAUAUGCUAUUGUUUAACUACAAGAUGUCUGCAAAAGAAGCUUUACAAUGUGGUUUUGUGAAUGACAUAUUUAAACAAGAGGAUUUGCAACAAAAUGUAUGGAACAAAUUAAGAGACGUUACAAAUUUGAGAUGUGAAAUAUUAAUAGCAAACAAAAAACUAAUACGGGGCCAUAUUAGAGAUAAGCUUUUAGAAAUAAAUGAAAUUGAACUAACAGCACUCAGAAAAAUAAUGAAUAAUAGUAAACUUUAGAGUUAUGGUAACAUAAGUUUAAUGCUUAAGGUUAAGUGCAUAUCUAACAGAAGAUUGGUCUCAUGGAUUGUGGAAUAUAAGUACUGACAAAUAUGCGAUAUGACGUUGCGCACUAACAUAUACUUUCGUGAGAAGCUUGAUUAAUUGGGGUUGGUGCAAAACCCUAAAGUGUUCACAAAAUAUGAGGCCUGUUUUGAUAAAAGUCAUAUAAUCACAGCAUGAUUAGUUACAAAAAAAAAUUGGUAAGAAAUAAGUUCUCCAAUGGUUGGCCUACAUUCUGCAUAGGAAGUGGAGGUUUGAUUGGUAUAUCUCUGCUCUUUGGCUCUUUCGGGAGUUGCGGCAGGAGAGAGUCCCUUGCGAACUUGCAGACAAGUGCUGAGGUGGCGAUGCAUAAUCCAUUACAAAAAUGGACUGCCAACAUUUGUUUAGAAAAUUUAGUGUAAUUCAAAAUAAACUUUUAAAAUAUAGUAUACCUUCCACUUGCAUCAUCAAGCCAUGGAUACUGUCUUGAACCAAAUUUGAUAAGACAAUUCAAACAAUCUCUAACUUGAUGGGAUUACUUUGUUUAAUUACAGCAGUUCCAUGGCUACCUUCUUGAUCCUAUAUGAUAUCAGCUUCAUUCCAUAUUGCAAUUAUAUCCAAAUUAAAUGUGUUUGCAUUUCAGCUUAAUUGAAAACUGGGAAGUGGGUCAUUUAGCUUGCCAAAUUGAGCCACACUAAUAAACAAAUAUGUUCAAUAAAAGCUUGUAAAAAGUAGAAAAUAAUUAAAUUAAUGUAGUUAAACUAGAUUUUUACAAGUGCAAUAUACCUAAUGAAUUUUUAUUUUUUUAUUUAAUUAUGACCGUGGUUACAAAUUUAUUACAAUAUAGACUUAAAUGCGAAAAAGACAUCGAAUGUCACUAAAUUA